AAGAAAGGCCUCAAGUUCUCAACUCUGAUAUUCAGCCAUGUAGUAGUUUAAUAUCUGAAGUCAGUGAGAACGUCAACCUAGGUUGUUCUACCUCCGAACCAGUGAUCCAUAAUCAAAAGAGAGUUUCCGAAG